AUGGCGAAGACCCAGGUUCUCUUGGUCGGCGCAGCGGGUGAAACCGGAGGUUCCAUUGCCAACGGUCUCAUUGAAGAUGGCUCUUUUGACGUCCACGCCCUUGUCCGCCCCAUCUCCGUACACAAACCCGCCAUUCAGAAACUCCAGGAACGAGGAAUUCAAAUCCGCAAGGGUGACUUGAAGGCCCCCGAGGAGCAGCUCAUUGAAGUCCUGGCCGAGAUCGAUGUCGUCAUCAGUUGUGUUGGCCCUGCGGAGCAGCAAGACCAAAUUCCCCUCGCCAAGGCUGCGAAGAAGUGCGGUGUCAAGCGAUUCAUUCCCUGUGGUUUCAUCACCGUGGCUCCCCCCGGUGGUGUGAUGUGGCUGCGUGACGAGAAAGAAAUCGUCUACAAUCAGAUCCGCCAACUCUGGCUCCCCUACACCAUCGUCGAUGUCGGUUGGUGGUACCAGCUCUCCUACCCUCGCCUUCUCUCCGGCCGCGUCGACUAUGCGAUGACCUCUGGUAAUGACGAGAUUAUCGGCGAUGGAAACAUGCCCACCGCGCUCACUGACCUGCGCGAUAUCGGUCGCUACAUGGCUCUGAUCAUCAACGAUCCCCGCACCUUGAACAAGAAGAUCCUCGCCUACAACCUGGUCUCCACGCAAAAUCAGAUCUACAGUUUGAUGGAGGAGAUUAGUGAGGAAAAGGUCGACCGAAACUACGUUUCCGAAGAGACUAUCUGCAGCCGCGUCCUUGCAGCCCGGCAAGCCAGCGAAACUUAUCCGUUCGAUCCGAUCAAGUUCAUCCCCCGGUACCUCGCCGAAUAUCAAUACUCUUGGGGCAUCCGCGGCGAUAACAACCCCGAGUACGCCAGGUAUCUCGGCUACCAUCUGACCCCCGAGUUGUACCCGGAAUUCAAGCCCACCGACUUCCGCGAGUAUCUCGAGUCCGUGGUGCGCGGUACCGCCAAGGGUGUCUACCAGGACCGAGUCAUCUCGCGCAAGCACCAGCGCCACUUCCCGCGUACCGAGUCCAGCGAUUCGCUCUAUACUCGUAUCUUCCCCCGCACGGAGUCGAGCGAUUCGCUCAUGUCGCGAUGA